CAGGUUGUUUCUCUUCAUGCAGAGAGGAAAAGUCUCCCUUUAUCUCUGAAGUCGGAUACUCUGCUAGCGAUGCAUGCUAUUAGCAGAGCCACGCCAACUAAGCCCGGAGGUGAAGUCAGUCAUUUUGCCAUGGAUAUAAUUAAAGAUCGCCCUGACUUAAGGUCUUUAUGGUUCCUGCAUCAUCACACAGCUCCCUCAGACACAAACUUUCAGGCUUUCUUACUGCAGAAACCCGAGAGCAGGACACCAGCCACCACUGUUCAACAGCGGAAAGCGACGCCAAAGAGAUACUGUGCUGCUACAGCUGUGGUUAUUUCCUGUUGUCUUAAAGAGGGUGACAUAAAACCAGCAAUGAACAUUAAAGAAAUAUCAGAAGAAGAGGUGGCAGGACCACAAAUAAGGCAAAAAGACAGCACACAGCGAGCGAUGGACAUUGAAGUUCUCAGGCAGUAUGAUGGACAGUCUUCAAACGCUUUAGUCGAUCAACGUGACAUUGUCCAAACUGCUGCUCUGCGCUCUGGCAGCUCUUCCGUGAAAGCUUCAGAUACAUCACAAUUAGAGACACAAAGAAGUGAAGCCAGUUUUAUGAAGAAAAAUGAACAUUUGAAGCCGAUUACAGGCUCAACUUUGCAAGAAAGUCUUCAAAAACAGCUUUCUUUAAAAGCUGCUUCUAGUGUUGACAAUAAUGAUGAUGAUGAUGAUGAUGGAUUUCACAUUAAGAGGCAACUCUUGUUGGUAUCCGGAGAGAAGAGAGACUCCAUAAAUAGGCCGCAGUCUAAGCUGAGGGCCACUCAGGAUGAUAAUAAAGAAGAUUUCAGCGGGAGGAUAAUCACAAAACAAACAGAGCUUCGGCGCCCAGAAGCAGGAAGCGAAACUGAGGCAUCACAUACAAAUACUGUUGAAAAUGGAAACCAGAAAAGAUUAGCACACAUCCUACAAACAGGCUCUACGAAUCAAACAGAUAGUAACAAUGUCGAUCACAAAGAAACGCUCACUGAGCUGGGAGAGGAAGCCUUAAUCACACUGUUCCUUCCAGACACAGAGACAGAGACACAAACAGAAAGAAAACUGGUCCUGAAAACAGAAAAUAGUUGGAAAAUAGUAAAUACUCCUGUAAAGGAGCCGGUUGACCCCCCAUCCAUGAAUAAAGUUAUAAAGGAAAACUUUAUUAUUCAGGCAGAUGACUCAAAGUAUGAAUGCUUGAGAGAAACCCUAUUUUCAUUAUACAUUUAUGCAAUAGAUAGAAAAGAGAGAAUAGAUCUGAAACCAGCAGAAAGUAAAGUUAAAGUAACGACGGCGCCUGAGCAGGUCAAAGAAACCACAGAGGAAACACAGCACGCAGAGACUAAUAAUAAUACGCCUCAUGAAAAUAUGAGCAUAAAUCAGACUAAACAAGGGGAAAAUGUGCCAUCAGAAGAAACAGUCAUAACUCCACCUCCCUCAUUCCACAUUAGGGAAACAGUAACAGCAAAAACAACAGAGCACACAGCACAGACAGCGACAGGAAACAUGGAGAUUAAACAGACGAUGCCAGGAUCGGAAGUCCUCAGUCAUGGCAGCACACAGAGAGCUGAUGGACGGCCAACAACCACCAUGAGUCCGGAGCCCGAGACUGACACUGAGCCCGGGUUUACAACGCGUACGACAAGGAAUGCUGAAUCUACGACUGGAGGGUCACAUUCAGGCCUCAGGAUGAGAGAGGAUAUCACCAACCCCCAUGAAGCCGCAGAGAAUAAAGAGAGAGAAGAAGAGCCAGGAGUGACCUCAUUCUCAUUUUCACAACCUCUGGAAACAGCCCAAACAUCAACAAACCGUCUUCCACCAUCUGCAGAUGACAGGGCGCCACCGUGCAGAGGUUUAAUACAUCGCACUGAAGCUGGGUGGAAACACUGCAUGGAGAGAUUUGCAGGAGCCGGAUCAAAGCUGAUCUCCUCGAGGGAAACCGCGGGUGCAUUUAAGGAAACAGGAGAGCUGGAGAAAGGCCAUGAUGACAACCUGCCUGAGGAUGAUGAUGGAUAUGAACGUUUCUAUUAUUUUGAUGGAGUACUGAAAAGAGUUCAAAAUAAUUACUACCCCCACUACAAGAGUGAGAGGAGAGGAAAAGGAAAGAAAGGAGACACUAGUGAAAAUCUCCUCAGUUACAUCCACCGUCUGACUUUGAGGAAUAAAUUCAGUCACUCCACUGACCAUAAUGUGCAGAGAGGCUCAGGCUAAUGCUUGAAAAUACAAGAAAAACUCAGGGUGGCUGAAAUUAAAAAAAAAAGAAAAGAAAAAGAAAGAUGCAAAAUACAGAAUCACAGUUAAUCAUUAACAACGCUAAUUGUUCACUAAGGAUAGCUUCACCUGCUGGCCAGUAAAUGAAAUACAACGUCCUGUUUGAGUAGUGGAGUCAGCCAUGUUGGAAUUUCAUUGAGUGUAAAGGAGGAAAGUAAGGAGGCAAGGAAGUUCAGACUGCACAGGGAGGACUUAUAUUAUUAAACUAUUAUGACCCCGUCCUUCAAUUUAGCUAUACUUUAUACUUUUACUUUUUGUAAGCGCUGUUUUAUGAUAUGUUGAUAAUGUCCGUCAAAGUAGCAUAAAACACAACUUCUACCUCUGUUAUAUUAUGUUAUAUUAGCCUUCAUGGAUUUGUUCAGUUAGAGCCUUUCUGUUCAGGACAUUUACAUCAUGACAGUGUUUGUACAUAAAAAUCUAAUUAUUUUGCCGUGUUUCAUCAGUUUGAAUGUUAAAUAAUUUAUAUUUAAUUUAUAUAUAAUUUAUAAUAUUUUGUAUUUGUUUCCCAUGACUUUAAAAUUGUGCUGUAAAUUGUUGUUGUCGUGUGUCAGAAUCUGGAGAUUUUCUGUGAAUCCAAAAUAAAAUUAGUCAUACAGUAUCUGUGUAUUGUGCCUUAUUUACCUAAUUUGGUGAUUAAAGGGUUAAAGGUAAAUAGUGACUCAGUUAUUUAUAAGUAGGAGUUUUCAGGUCUGGUAUAAGUCACAAAUAGAAAACAUAAGGAAUAAAAGGGAAGUUUAAGUUUCUUUUAGGCAUCCCUUUUGUCAUGAUUGGACACUUGUAGUUCUUGGCUGUGGACAUAUUUAUAUAUUACUGCAUAAGUUUAUAUAAUUUAGUCAAUCAAUAAUCAAUUUAAUGUAAAAUAUGUAACAGAUAAUAACCCUUCUCAUCUCAGUUAAUCCUAAUUAAUCUGUGAUCUUCUUUGGCAUGUUUCAAAAAAUAAAAAUCUGGUAGAGCAAUGGUUAAAA